AUGCCGUGCCGUCAUAGUGCUGAGUGCAUCGACUACGCUACGGCCGCGCCGCGCCGUAUGGCUCGGCCCAAGCAGAGGCAAAUGCACAUAAAAGAGGAAUUACAAAAUGGACAUCAUUCAUACAGUCUGAAGGAGGCAGAGUAUGUUAAGCAUGAGACGGAGUGUGAAAAUGAAGUCAAGGAAGAUACCUCAUGCACCGACAGUGGGUGUGGUGUGAGCGAGGCAGCCAUGCUGUCCGGCCUGUACACAGACCAUGAAGUCAAAGAUGAGCUUGUUCUGGGACAGGAGUGUCCAUAUCGACCUGACGUCACUCUAGUAGUUAAUGGUCGCGUUAGCUCUAUGCUACGAGAUUGCUGCGUGACACUCGAACGCCUCUCACACGUCGAGGCGCUCGCCAAGCGCCAAGACACAACUUACACUGACACGGAAUCUGAUACUGAGGAAUUAUACGCUAGAGAGAAAGUACAGAUAUGUGAUCUUUGUGGUGAAAGCUUCUGUUUAAAGACAGAUUUAUUGAAACACGUCAUGGAUCAUAUCCACAGCCCUUCAAGCGCGGAGCAGGAAGAGUUUGGACACAGUUUUGCAUUUGAUGGUCAAUGGACGCAGGAGCAGGAGCGCGCCCUGUGCCGCAAACACGCUAUUCGGGACUGCUGCGUGCUUCUCAAACGCCUCCAACACCACGAGGCUCUCGCCGGCAACGAUACCCAAUACAUAACUCAAACUGACACGGAAUCUGAUACAGAGGAAGUACACACUAGAGUUGACUAUGAGAAACCAACAUGUGAUCUUUGCGGAGAAAGUUUUGCACUGAAAUCCGAUUUGAAGAAACAUAUCAUGAUCCAUAUCCAUGUACCUACCACACACCAUCCACAAGCGGGUACUGAUAGGGAAUCGGAUACUGAGGAGAAAAACAUCGAUAUUGACUGUGAGAAUGAACCUACAUGUGAAUUUUGUGGCGAGAAAUUUGCUCUAGACUCAAAUUUAAUGAAACAUGUUAUGAUCCAUAUGUACGUAGCUCGCACAAAACAAAUGUAUGAACAUUCAGAAAUUAAUACUUACGAGUGUGACAUUUGCGGUAAAAUACUUCAGCGAAAAAAUAGCUUAAAGCGUCAUAUUAAAACGCACUCGACUCAGUCAAAGUCUAAGGACUUUAAAUGCUAUAACAUAGGAGAGAAAUCAUACAACUGCGAAACAUGUGACAAGCGUUUUAUAGAUAGAGAUCGGUUGAAAAGACAUUUAAUAAUUCACACGGACAUAAGACCAUAUUCGUGUGACGUAUGUGAAAAACGAUUUAGAACUGGGAUUAAUUUAAAAAAGCAUACACUGAUUCAUGGCGACAUAAGACCAUAUUUGUGUGACGUAUGUAAGAAACGGUUUAGAUAUUUGAGUCAUUUAAAACGUCAUACACGGAUCCAUGGUGACAUAAGACCAUAUUUGUGUGACGUAUGCAAAAAACGAUUUAGAACUGGGACUGAUUUAAAAAAACAUACACUGAUUCAUGGUGACAUAAGACCAUAUUUGUGUGACGUAUGUAAAAAACGGUUUAAAACUGGGACUGGUUUAGAAAUUCAUACACGGCGUCAUACUGGCGAAAAACCAUACAUAUGCAGGAUAUGUCGAAAGAGUUUCGUAUCUAAUAGUGGGCUGUAUGAACAUAUACGAACUCACACCGGCAUAAGACCAUACUAUUGCGAAACAUGUGGCAAGCGUUUUGCAGCUAAAUGUCGGUUGAAAAGACAUUUACUAAUUCACACGGACAUAAGACCAUAUUCGUGUGACGUAUGUGAAAAACGAUUUAGAUAUGCGACUCAUUUAAAAGUUCAUACACGGAUUCAUGGUGACAUAAGACCAUAUUUGUGUGAGGUAUGUGAGAAACGAUUUAGAACUGGGACUGAUUUAAAAAUUCAUAAACGGCUUCAUACUGGCGAAAAACCAUACACAUGCAAGAUAUGUGGAAUGAGUUUCGCAUCUAAUAGUAGGAUGCGUUCACAUAUACGAAUUCACACCGACAUAAGACCAUAUUCGUGUGUCGAAUGUAAAAAACGAUUUUUAACUGCCUAUUGUUUAAAAAUUCAUAUACAGCUACAUACUAGGGAAAAGCCGUUUUCCUGUGACAUAUGUAACAUGCGGUAUCUGCGAAAAAAAGAAUUAGUGAUGCACAAAUUCACCAUUCAUGAACUUCGUAAAUAAUUUAGGGGGAGGACUAUUUUUUGUUACAUGACGGAUGAGUCUUGGUAAUUCUUACGUAAGAUCACAAUAAUGCUACCAAGCGCGGUCUGAUCAAAAUCAUAAGAUUUAGAAAAGUAAAGAUGAAAAAAAAAAUACUUUAAAAUAAAGUCAAAGUAAUCACC